GCCCGAAGGCUCGCUGCAGCAAUUGUCCACCUGGACACAGAUCCGGUCUUGCAAAUCAGAUUAAGGGAUCUUUUUUUUUUCUCCUCUACUGAACACUCUGCUCUAGCUCACUUUACAUUGUGCAAAAGAAUCAUCUCUUCAAACUCCUGUACUUUUUUUCUUCUUCUCUUUUUUUUAGCCUUUCCCCGCCCGUUACCCGGCAAACAACCAAAGUUCCUCCUUCCGCAGGCCGCCCGCUUUGAGUGUUGCUCCACUUGUACACUCCGCCUGCAACCACAACCUGAGGUGGAUUAACUGAAGUGAAGGGAAAAGGGCAGGCCUGCAAGCAGCCUCCAUCCAUCUUCCCGAAUCGUUGGCGGCGCCACCUACUACCGCUUCCAUUACACCAAUCCCGUCCUCGUCGCUUCUAACGCCACUCGAAACGCGAACUCGUCCUUCCAUCCCGCAAGCCAAAAAGAAUUGAUCGCUUAAUCGCUUCCGUCAUCGUCAUUUUGUCAACAACCACAACUUUGCACAAUCGCACCGAUUCGAUCAACGCUACCAACUCUCGAGACGAUCGACGCGAACCCCCAUAUAAUAUCUUAGUCAAGCACGAUGCCUUUAUCGCUUUGCGGAGGAAGCAAAACGGUCCAGCGCAAGCUGGUAUUGCUUGGCGACGGUGCUUGUGGAAAGACAUCACUGUUAAACGUCUUCACGAGAGGAUACUUCCCGACCGUCUACGAGCCAACAGUAUUCGAGAACUAUGUUCAUGACAUCUUUGUAGAUAAUGUCCACAUCGAACUGUCACUAUGGGAUACAGCAGGACAAGAGGAAUUCGACAGGUUGAGGAGUCUUUCAUAUGACGAUACGGAUUUGAUCAUGCUCUGCUAUUCGGUCGACAGCAAGGACAGUCUCGAAAACGUCGAAUCAAAAUGGGUCGGCGAGAUAGCAGACAACUGCCCGGGUGUCAAGUUGGUGCUGGUUGCGCUCAAGUGCGACUUGCGCCAGGAGCAGGCUGAUGACGCGGCUGAAAACGGGAACGCGACAGAUCCUUCGCAGCAGCGCGAGAAGAAGCCCAUGAUCACGUACGACACGGGUCUCGAAGUGGCACGGCGCAUCAAUGCACUGCGGUAUCUCGAAUGUUCGGCCAUGCGCAAUCGCGGCGUCAACGAGGCCUUUACUGAGGCGGCACGCGUGGCACUUAGCGUGAAGAAGGACCGCGAGGAGAGCAAGUGCACCGUCAUGUAGUGCGACGGGGCGCUGGAGUGGCUGCUCCGCGGCGUUUGUUCCUGUUUUGGGAAGUACAAUAAGGGAAAGACACAGGAGAGGCUGACUGAGAAGGCCGAGAUUCCGCGCCGAGGUGAAACUUCUGAGACCCGUGAGCUCAAGGUCCAGUAGGCGAGAGUACAAGCAAGAAUCCUUGCGUCGCUUCUUAGUUGGCUAAACGUCUUGAUCCUGUGUCCACUUUGUGGUGUUUUUUUCAUUUGUCGUCCAACAUUAUAUCUUCCACCUAUUUCUUCACAACCCAUCAAUAUUUGAUGAUAUCCCCGCUGGCUCUGGAGUUUAACGAGUUUGUUUCCCUUUGUCUUGUUCACUUCUGUCUACCAUUCAAACCAAGUUGUUUACUACCACAGACAUUGUUGUAAUUGUUUCCAUUCGAGGGUCUUUUUUAUUUUCAUUUUUCUUGCUAUAUGGACCGUUUCGGGGACCAGGAGGAUGCCGAUGAAAGACGAGGGACGCCAGGGGAAACAGGGCUCUGCUUGUUUUCUUGGUUGGAUGAUCAGGAACGUGUAGGGAAAGUUUCACCUGCGCGACUCUCGCCUUCUUUGUUUAUUCAUUUCUGUCGGAAUUGUCUCGCUUCUGUACAUAGUUUCUCUACCUCCGAUGUAUGGAUAUAGAAUGUUUUCUUACGGUUAGUCAAGAAAUGUCAGUUCUCUUGAGUUUCUAGUCAGG